AAGGCCUGAACAAGAGAGAGAAAAAGAAGGAAUUGGGGGAGAGAGAGAGAGAGAGAGAGAGAGAAGAGACGAACUCUCUCUGUAGCUGCUGCUCUUUCUUUGCUGUAAGGGAAGGCCUAAUAUCUCUUCACACUUCCAUUUUGGUGGAUAUUUGAUAUUUUUCGGUGAUGUCUAUGAAUGGCAAUAAUCCCCCGAAGAACCUAUCUUCGUCGCCCUUUGGUAAUGCGGGGAUGGUGCCUCCUCCUAUGCCUGGAAACCCUGCAUUCUCACAAGCUCAACUCAGCGCUGGUUUUCAAGCUCAGUAUCAGCUAUCCCAAGCUCAGGCCCUUGCUCAGGCUCAGUCGAAAGCUCAAGCUCAAGCUCAAGCUCAUGCCCAACUCCAAGCACACUUACAAGCCCAAGGUUUGUCCCUUAACCAGGCUCAGAAUGCGGGCUUUGGGACAUUAGGUUCGUCUUCACCCUCCAUGUCUACUCCUGGCAGUGCAAGUGCAAAGAGGAUCCUUCAAAGGCCCCCCAUGCGCCCUCCUGGUGUUCCUAUGAUGAACACAAUGUCACCUUUGAGAACAAUGGAACUUACAGACGCUGCACGUAGAAAGAAGCAGAAGCUUCCUGAGAAACAACUACAGGAUAGAGUGGCAGCAAUUCUUCCUGAAUCUGCUUUGUAUACCCAGCUUCUUGAGUUUGAGGCACGUGUUGAUGCUGCAUUAGCUAGGAAAAAAGUUGACAUCCAGGAAGCACUUAAGAACCCACCUUGUGUUCAGAAAACUCUUCGAAUAUAUGUUUUCAACACUUUUGCUAAUCAGAUUAAGACAAUUCCGCAGAAGCCUAAUGCAGAGCCUCCUACGUGGACCCUUAAGAUUAUUGGGAGAAUCCUGGAAGAUGGAGUAGAUCCAGAUCAACCUGGAUUUGUUCAAAGAACAAAUCCCUUAUACCCGAAGUUUUCAUCUUUCUUCAAGAGAGUGACAAUUUCAUUGGACCAAAGACUAUAUCCAGAUAAUCAUAUCAUUAUAUGGGAGCAUGCUCGAUCACCGACACCUAAUGAAGGUUUUGAGGUGAAGAGAAAAGGGGAUAAGGAGUUCACUGUGAACAUACGGUUGGAAAUGAAUUAUGUACCUGAGAAAUUUAAGCUUUCUUCUGCUUUAAUGGAAGUCCUUGGUAUUGAAGUUGAUACGCGCCCCAGAAUUAUUGCUGCAAUUUGGCAUUAUGUGAAGGCUAGAAAACUUCAGAGCCCAAAUGAUCCGACUUCCUUUAAUUGUGACGCACAACUUCAUAAAGUUUUUGGGGAAGAAAAAGUAAAAUUUACCAUGGUUCCACUGAAGAUAUCACAGCAUUUGUCUCCACCACCACCUAUACAUUUGGAGCAUAAGGUCAAGCUUUCGGGGAAUAGUCCUGUUGGGAACGUAUGCUAUGAUGUGUUAGUUGAUUUGCCCUUUCCCAUACAGAGGGAAUUGUCUGCUCUUUUGUCAAAUGCAGAGAAGAGCAAAGAGAUCGAGACCUGUGAUGAAGCAAUAUGUGCUGCCAUAAGGAAAAUUCAUGAGCACCGUAGAAGGCGUGCCUUCUUUCUAGGUUUCAGUCAAUCACCAGUGGAGUUUAUUAAUGCUUUAAUUGAGUCUCAGAGCCUGGAUGUGAAACUGGUAGCCGGGGAAGCUAGUCGAAGUUCUGAAAAAGAGCGACGAUCAGAUUUUUUUAACCAACCAUGGGUUGAAGAUGCUGUUAUCCGUUAUUUGAAUCGCAAGCCAGCUGCUGGAAGUGAUGCACCAGGAAGCAUAUGAAUCAUAAUUUUGAAACUUAAGUUGGUGCCUGGUACAUUCUUUCAUUGAUCCGUUCCAUUUAAUCGAAAUAGAUGUGCACUGUUGUUGGAUGACUAUUGAGAGGGAUAUAGGAAAGGAAGUAGAUUGUUUAGUCAUAAUUAUCAUCAAACUUCAUUAAAAAAAAGGGGGUAGAUUUUAGCAAGAUAGUAGUUUUUAUUUUGUUCAAAAUUGUAAUUUAUAUAUGGUAGAUUCAUGGUUGCUUUCUUGGUUUGACUUUAAUGUUUCUUCUUGGUUUAUGAAUGUAGAUUGACCAUCGGAAAUGCUCAAAUUUUGUUA